CUACCCUCCGUCAUUGUCCACUCUAAUGCCCUCUCUUUACUUUUUGAAUAAGCCCGAGAGGUUUCAUGAAGAAGAAUCGCUAAUCGCUUCGCUCUUUCGUGUAGUUUUCAGAAUUUCGAGAUUUCCGCUGCAACUGGAACUAAUCGCACUUUUGAGCGGAAAUGUGAGCGAUGGAGAGCUCGCAAGAUUUGUCCAACAGCGAAGCAAAUCUUCAUUGGCGAAAGGAUAAAAUAAUGGAGCCGUGUUGCUCUUCAACCACGGUCAGUUCGGAGGCGAAUGACCAGUCAUCUGCAGGAGGCUACAGACAGCGGUCUACACGUGCAGUUGUUGGCGGUGGAAAAGGUGCAGAUGUUAUAUUUUGGAAAUGGAGGGGGGUACCAUUUGCCAUCAUAAUUGUAGCAACAAUUGCUUGGUUACUUUUUGAACGUUCAGGAUUGUCUUUUGUAUCAGUUUGCUCUGAUGUUCUAUUGGUUUUAGUUGUGGUCCUCUUUAUACGAGCAAACGGUGCUGUUCUCUUGAACAAACAACUUCAGCCACUGCCAGAAUUAGUCUUAUCAGAAGACAUGGUGAAUAAUGCCGCUGCUUUUUUUCGUGUUAAAAUAAACUAUAUGUGUUUAAUGGCCCAUGAUAUUACUCUUGGAAAGGAUUUCAAGAUCUUUUUCAAGGUGGUAUUCUGCCUGUGGCUACUGUCAAUUCUUGGGGGCUCUUUUUCUUUCUUUACCUUGGCAUACAUUGGAACUAUAUUUGCAGUCACAAUACCUGCAUUGUAUAGUAAGUAUGAGGAUCAUGUUGGUAGAUAUGCUGGAAUGGUGCACAGAGAGAUCUUAAAGCAUUACAGAAAGGUGGAUGAAAGUAUUAUCAGUAGAUUGCCUAGGAGCCUCUCCAAGCAUAAAGUUACAUAGUCUAUAUUCAACUUAAGUCAAUUUCACGAAAAAAUAUGCAUUGCAUAUGUGUUAAAUACUCCGUAGAUUCCAGUCCUCAUGCAACAUAACAAUGGUCUUCUCCAAGGGAUAUAAAAUCACAUUUUCCAACAGAUGUUGUCUACAGCGAGUACUAGAAAAUGCAGCUGGUGCACACGGUGCAUUUUCAUGAUGUGCUACUCAGUUUCCUUGUUUUUAGUUUCACAUUUCCAAAAUAAGAGUUACAAAAGCAGAAAUAAUAUCUAUUUCUGAUGUUGGCCCGUAUCGUGAAGUAGUUAAUCUUAUAUCCACUAUUAGGUUC